GAUACAGAAUAUCGAUUUAAUGCUUCGCUUGGUAACACGUGAAAACCAUACCCAUAAUAUUUUUCCAGGAACUAGCAUACUUAUAUAUUUUAAAGUCAUAUUUCCUGAACUAGAAAUGUCUCAGGUAAAGACCAUGAUUGAUGCCAAGAUUGGUGGAAAAAAAGUGGUUGUCUUUUCGAAAACCUACUGUCCUUACUGUACCAAGGCAAAAAAGGUUUUGAGAAAUCAUUAUGGAAAGGAUUUAAACGAAGCUGAUGUCGAGAUUAUUGAAAUAGAAAAUAAUCCAGAUUGUGACGCAAUUCAAGACUAUUUAAAGACAUUAACAGGAGGGCGAUCUGUUCCUAGAGUUUUUAUUAAUGGUAAAUGCAUUGGUGGUGGAGAUGAAACCCAAGCAUUGGAACAGUCAGGAAAACUAUCUGGGCUUCUGCAAUAACAUAUACACAUACAUCAUUUAAAAUUGAAGCAUUUCAACAAAAUGAAAAAAACAGUGAAUAACUUGACUUUUAUGCAUCUAGUCCUCAUCAGGAUGUGUCCUCAGCAUUGUCUAUCCAAUGUGUUUUCAGCUGCAUGACUACAGUUCCUUUGGUGUUGUUGCUUCCAUUUUGUCUUUCACUUUUAACUGACUUUCAGUUUGAUAUAUAUUUACUCAAAAGCCUUUUUGUGCUGUUUAUGAUGUUUAAAAAAUAAAAUAACAACUAUGAAUGAA